AGUCUACUCUACUGAUAAACGCUUCCGACCACUGGUAGCAGAUGAAGCCAUUUGAUAUAAAACUCACAAAUAUCCUUAAAAAUGGCGAAAUGCUUACUUCACGUCUUCAUCUCAAUUCUCAACUAAUUGAAUUGACGAACUCCAGUCGCGACUCGCGAGGAUGACGAAGAAGAUGUUUCGUUUCUGAAUAUAACGGAAAUUUAUAGUCGACAAAGAAGAUUUCAGAAGAAUGCGUAUCGACUAAAAGUUUUCCAAGGUUCUGAUCUUCAUGAAUUGAAAUAGUUUCUCUCCGUUUGAAGCUUUGAUCUUCGACACAUGGCGGCUACAACGAUUAGAAGAUUGGAUUUAUGGUUGAAGGGAGGAUUUUCUGUCUUGCUCUUGUUCUUCUUCGUCGGAGCAGAAGCAGCCGUUUGUAGCAGCGGCUGUGACCUAGCUUUGGCUUCUUACUAUGUGUGGGUGGGUUCUAAUCUCACAUUCAUCGCCCAAGUCUUGAACUCUUCGAUUCCAUCGAUUAGGAGCUACAACAGUCAAAUAUCCGAUCAGGAUUCUGUUCUAUCUGGCACCAGCGUACUCGUUCCAUUCUCCAAUUGCGAUUGCAUCAACGGCGAAUACUAUGCUCAUGUGUUCCAAUACUCCGUUAAUACAGGCGAUACCUACUAUACUUUAGCUACGGAGUAUUAUUCCAACCUUACGACCACGGCAUGGUUGGAGAGCUGGAACAGCUACGCUCCAAAUAACAUUCCAAAUAAUGCCGUGCUCAAUGUUACCGUUAAUUGCUCUUGUGGGGAUAUUAAUAUCAACUCUGCUUAUGGGUUGUUCACGACUUACCCUCUUCGCCCAGGUGACUCCUUGUCUUCGGUUGCCUCUUACUUCAACAUAAGUGCCCAAUUGCUGCAGGAGUACAACCUCAACACGGAUUUCAGCUCUGGGAGUGGUCUAGUGGUCGUUCCUACCAAAGAUAAUACUGGAAGUUAUCGAGGCCUAAGUACGAGUUCAGGAGGAGGAUCUUCAGGAAUUUCACCCGGAGGAAUUGCCGGCAUAUCUAUUGCAGUAAUAGCUGUGGUACUGCUUCUGCCAGGUAGUAUAUACUGUCUGGUUAACAGAAGGAAGAAGGCUAAAAGGGCAGUAUUGCUUCGCUCAGCAUCUGAGCAUCAUUCUAUUUAUCAUGAGCUUGGUUCUGGGAGUCUCAAAAUCACGAUACCGCCUACUGUUGUUGGUGGUGUGUCCCCAGGAGUUACACCUAUCAGUGUGGACAAAUCAGUGGAGUUUUCAUACGAAGAGCUUGCCAAUGCUACAAAUAGCUUUAGCAUUGCUAGCAAAAUUGGUGAAGGUGGAUUUGGAGUGGUUUACUAUGCGGAGCUGAGAGGCGAGAAAGCUGCCAUCAAGAAGAUGGAUAUGCAAGCAUCGAGAGAGUUCCUUGCGGAAUUGAAGGUUCUCACGCAUGUUCAUCACUUGAACCUGGUGCGCUUGAUAGGAUACUGCAUUGAGGGUUCUUUAUUUCUAGUAUAUGAGUUUAUUGAGAAUGGCAAUUUAAGCCAACAUUUGCGUGGUUCAGGGAAUGAUCCGCUUCCAUGGUCUACUAGGGUUCAAAUCGCCCUUGAUUCAGCAAGAGGUCUUGAAUAUAUCCAUGAGCAUACUGUUCCUGUCUAUAUCCAUCGUGAUAUUAAAUCAGCAAACAUUUUGAUUGACAAGAACUAUCAUGGAAAGGUUGCAGAUUUUGGAUUAGCCAAGUUGACCGAAGUUGGAAAUUCAUUGCAAACACGUCUAGUGGGUACAUUUGGAUACAUGCCCCCAGAGUAUGCUCAAUAUGGUGAUGUUUCUCCUAAGGUUGAUGUCUUUGCUUUUGGAGUUGUCCUUUAUGAACUUAUUUCAGCCAAGGAAGCUGUAGUCAAGGCAACAGGAUCAAUUGACACACAAGGACUUGUGGCAUUGUUUGAUCAUGCUCUUAGUAAGCCCGACCCAAGGGAAGAUCUCCGCAAACUAGUUGACCGUAGGCUUGGGGAUGACUACCCACUUGAUGCAGUUCUUAAGAUGGCCCAGCUUGCCGAGGCUUGCACAAAAGAAAAUCCCCAGUUGAGGCCAAGCAUGAGGUCAAUAGUGGUUGCACUGAUGACCCUUUCCUCCUCAACUGAGGAAUGGGAUGUCAGAGCAUUCUAUGGAAACCAAGCAUUGGUAAAUCUAGUGUCAGGAAGGUAGAAGGGUCCAGCUGAUGAUUUUGUAAGUACCUCCUUCUGGAAUGAUUUUGGAUUCCUCAUCUCUACAUGUGAAAAAGCAUGCAUUGUAUGAGAAUUUGUUGGUUGAACUGCAUUAAAUGCUGCUGGAUGGAGGCCAUGACCAAGGAAUGAAGAGAAAGUAGUGACAGUAAGGGGGAAGUAAAGGAAAAGGAAUAUACUGUAUUUUCAAUCACCUUGAUUUUGCACAUAAUCCUAACAGUGUGUACAAUAAUUAAAUUUUGGCAGAAAAAAAAAGUGUACAAUAAGUAAAUCAAUCUACGAUCUGCAGAUUUUAUUCCUUUUCAUUGUUACCCCUUUUGGUGUGAUGACACAUUGUAAAGAGUCCAUAGCAGAAUAGCAACUGUAUUAUUUCAGUAUCAUUUUUCAUAAUUCA